ACGGAGGCGUGCAGUCAGCUGUAGCUCUGACAGAGAGGGAGGACCAGAGCUGCAGGAUCAGCUCCAGCGUGUCGCCUGUUUGUGUGGAGGUGUUGUAGUCAUGACAGCCUCAGAAUCCGGACAGAUCCUCCACUGUCAGUAGCUCCCUGCACACCGCGGACCCAUCGCCGUUUCCUCCGAUUGUUUGUGUCCCGCAGCGAGGCUCCGGAUCGUGCUCGGUGCGCGCAGAGAGCUCAGGCAUGUUCUCCGUCUCGCCUGCAAAAGCUGCUGUCUGGGCCGACGAUCGCUUCACUACUUGAGGGAAUCAAAGUUGGUGCAAUGGAGACUUGUGGGAGCGAUGCGACGGUCACAUGCUUGGGGAAAGCUGAGGACAGAGACGGAUACUAUGAUCUGGAGCAUCUGCCUCCUCUGCUGGAGGAUGAGGAGAAUGUGUCUCUGGCAGAUAUCCUCUCUCUGCGGGACAGCUGUCUGUCUGAGGAGGAGGUGUGGGCGGUGUGUGCAGAGUGUGUUCUGGCCCUGCAGAGCAUCAGACCCUCCCACCUCUUCCACACCCUGUGUAUAACACCAGACACUCUGGCCUUCAACGCCCAUGGGAAUGUUUGCUUCAUGGAGCUGCUAAGUGACGAUCCAGAAGGCUCCUUUGUGCCUCCUGAGUUCGACAACACCGGCAGCACGUUUGAGGGACAUGUUUAUUCUCUGGGCGCUACGCUUUCUGCCACACUGAACUUUGUCAUCGAGCCAGAGCUGGAGGCAGAUAUGGGAGAAGAAAUCCAGAAGCUGUUGGAGCAGAUGCAGGAGGAGAAACCUGAGGACAGGCCGCUCCUUCAGGAUAUCCUGUCUCUGGCUGAAGCCCGGCUUUCUCAUGCCUCCUCUACAGCUGUGUGUCGGAAACUGUCUUCAAUUGGACGACGCGUGCUCUCCAUUGAAUCGGUUUCAAACUUUCAAGAUGGACAGGAAGGCUCCUGGGAAGCAAGAUGGCAGCAUUCCAAACCCAGAUGUCUUCUUAAAAGACUGAGCUCAGACGACAACAGCAAAGACCUGCCUGAUAGCUCUGUUAAGGCAAACGGUCUCUCCAGGCAGCAGCUGUGCGGGGGCUGGGAUUCCACUCUCUGGGCCGAGGAUAUAGAGAGCUGUGAAGGAGACUGCAUGAUCUUGACAGAUGAGAUGGACUGCAGAUCCCACAACAGCUCCCCGGUGAGGAGGAGAACCCAACAGAGGCUGAGCAGGGUGAGGGGGGCCCUCAACCGCUCCUGCUCAGUCCCAGACUCCAACAAUCCCCCCUGUCUUUCCCCUCCAGCACACGGAGAUAUCAGCAUACCUGUUUCUGACCUCACUGAGAUUGGAGCAGACGAACACUUGAGCUGCAAGUCUGUGUGGAGUAACAGACUUCAAAGACUCAGCCGGGGAAGGUCCUGUGAGUCUUAUCCACACUGUAGUGCUGAGGCUUGUAGGGAAAUGUCAUCCACAAGUAAGGAUGCUGCAGAGACAUUAUGCAUCGAAGAAACUAAUAUGCAAGAGUGCCAUGAAAGUCUGUCUGAGGACUGCAUCCCGGACUUAGCAUCGUCCAGUGCUUCCUGUGAAGAGCUGGAACUGGAACAGGACUCUUCUGGGGAGCAGAGCUCGCUGAACUACAGCCUCUACAUUCCAAAUAACCACAUGACCAAAAGCAUGCUGUGCCUGAAUGAAGAAUCUCAGGAUGAGUGGAUCUCUCUUAGAGAGUUACUCACUCGUUGUGAACGGCGGCUGACAGUUAAUGAACUGUGGGCUUUGUGCUACAUCUGCCUGUCCUCACUGCAGACCUACAUCGACUUUCCAGCCUACUUAUGCUUGGAUACGGUGUAUGUGGGCUGCGAGGGAGAGGUGCUUUUUCUGAAACCUAAAAACACAGGACCCCGAGAUGAAUUUUAUCUUGCUCCUGAAUAUCAAGAACAUGGAAUAGUGACUGAGAAGGUUUGUGUGUACGGGGUUGCUGCUAUUCUCUGGGCCACAGCCAAGUUCAGUUUAUCACCUAAUCAGAAGCUGGCAAUGCCUCGCAAACUGAAGAGGCUACUGCUGGAGAUGGCUAAGAGGACGCCCAUUGAGAGACCUACCAUUGCUAUGGCUAAAAAAUGCUGUCGUGACUACUUAUCACAUCAGGAGACAAAUGCUGAGAUCGUAUGGAGCAGCCUUAUUAACAGAGUUCACCCACCAGCUUCAAAACCCAGCAAUGCAGAAGAUUUGAAUGCAACAGAAACUCCUCAAAUCUCAUGUGAAGAGUCUGCACAAAACAACAGUGGAUUUGUGCCCAUGGCCACUGAGAGCCGACUGGCUCCUGUGCCUGGCCCUGUUCCCCACAGCUAUCCAGUCAGUAAAGAACUCCACCUCCCAGAAGCCUUCACUUCCACUGCCACACAUUUCACACCCAUCAUUCUGACCAAUGAAGGGGACUUACAGGAGGAGAGCCAAGAUCUUGGAGCUGCCACUGAAGGGAUGGUCAAUGGAUUUCCAAAUAGCAGUGACCACAUCAUGGAAAGCGGCCUCAAUUUUACUCCAUCCUCUGAGUACCCAACUCAUACUGAACCCAGUCAACAUACAGAAGAGUUAACUCACUGUCAGGCGGUCAUAACUUCAUCUACUAAAAAAUCAAGCAAAAUUCUGGUCGACUCUCCUUCUACUCUCCCUGAUAUUUCCCACUUUGCAGUCUCUCUUCCGCUGCCAUUAUCCACUAACUUCAAUGGUUGUGGUGUUUUCAACAAUUACCUCUUUCGGCAGGAUCCUACAACAGGACAUCUUUCUUUAGUGCCUGUGCAGGUCAGGGCUCCUGAGUCUCUCCUCGGUUUGGAUAUAAAUCUUGCUCUGGUCCCACAGCCUUUGCAGGAGCUGAUCACAGUCCCAGAGAGCACUGAUGGUCCAUUUAUUGACUCUCCGAAUGUGCCUGGAAGGCCUGGACCCCAGGAAUGUGGCCUACCACCAUCUUAUUUCAGUAAUAGCUCAGUCAUGUCUGACAGCAGGUUGGGGCACACUGUGCUCAGAGGGUACAAUGGACACACAAAUCCAAGAUCGCAAGAUAAGAGUCUGACUCCUUCAGAGUCCAUCUCCCCUAAAGUCCAUCCAGCCCUACAGGAGGUGAUUGACCUGCUGAAGGGAGAGUUUUCACUUGAUCUAUUUUUGGACAAUGGGCACAAGGACGUUGCCAUGGGGGAGUACAUCUUCUCUCUGAAGGACCUUCAGUACCAGGCGUUUGCCAGCGUUGUGAAGGAGAGGUUCAGUGAUCUGUACUGGGAAGACGACUUGCUGGCUGUAUUACACUGUCUGGUCAACUACAGCCCAUCCACACUCGGCUCUAAUGAGCAGCCUCCAUCAAAGGAUGUGAAAAGGGCAGCUCUUACCCCACCCCUGAUCGCCGCUGUCUGGAGGGGGAAGAGAGAAAUUUGCCUUCACAGCUGUCUUGAUCUGAAUGGAAACAUUCACACGUCCAGUCCUGUUGUGGUGGAUUCUUGGGAAGGAACCGAGGGACGGCCCUGUCAUGGGGAAAAUGAGCCUUCACUUGAAGAUGUUGAAUUAAGAUCAGAGCAAAGUCAGCAUCGUAUCUGUCAAGGUGUGAAAGCUGACAGUUCAGACUCAGGGGUCAUGGAGGGAGGUGAGCACUCAGCAGGGGGCAGCGAUGAAAGCCCCUCUGAAGCCGAGUUUUUAUCGGGCAGAAAGGACGUGCUGACGGGAGCCCACGAUGAGCAGAUGAGCCCAGACUUCCCGGAGGAUAUGGAGGACAGCGACUCUCUGGUGUCAGAGCGGCUUCUCUCCCCUGGAUCCAGAGCAGAGGGUCCGGGGCUCAGCUUCAGCCCCGACUGGGCCUUAGCCUUUUUUGCAGAAGAUUGUUUCAGUCCAGAAGUGAUCCAGUAUGCAGUAAAUCUGGGACAGCACACAGGAUCGCCAUGUCUGAAUGUGAAAACACAGGAACUGCAGCAGCAGCUUAUAAUCGAAACAAGGAAUCUAAAGAAAACAAGAAAUUUCUAUCAAAAGUUGAUUCACCAGGAGAGAAAAAACAAAGGUUGUGAGAGCAAAGUGAUGCUCUCCAAACUCAAGUUGCAUCUUGAAGAACUGAAAUCCAAGGUUGUCUUCUUGGAUUCUGUGAAGAAAUACCUUGAGAUCCUGAGUGUGGACCAGUGGGGUUUGGAGGUUUCAUUACUACCCUCUUUGGCUGUGUGUGAACCUGACUGUCUGGACCUUCAAUCCUCUGAGGACCCGUCUGUUCUUAGCUUUGGUACCAGCAAAGGGAAGAGCACUCUGCUGUCUGGGUCUCCUUCGGGCCUCAUGGCUUACCUCUACGCCAGGAAUGCUGCUGUUGAGGGCUACAUCCAGCAGUUCUUGUAUAUUUAUCGUUUCUUCUGCACUCCUGAGCAGCUACUGCGAUUCAUAAUGGAUAAAUUCAUCUGUGCUGCAAGGGAAGGUCCAGAUAUGUCAGGAGACAGUGAAAGAAUCUUCCAUCGCAGUUUGGACCUGCUCCAGUUCUGGAUAACGGACUGUAAACCAGUAGACUUCACUCCAAAGUCCAGCCUUGUGGACAUAUUAGAAAACUUCCUUAAUACUGAGGUGAUUCCUGUUGACAGCCAAGGCGAGGCACUUCUUGCUGGUCUUCACGGCCUUCCAUAUGUGACGACUGCAAGUCAGUUGAGGGGAAGCCUACUCAGCCUUGAAGACGAUGACGCUUUGUGCUUGCAUUCAUCUACCGAGGAUCUUGGCAGAAAGUGGAGGAUCUCACGAAUUGUGGAGUCUUCUCCAUCCAUGUCCAAAGACAAGGCUUUCUCCAUUGCUGCAGCCUUGCCCAUGCCUUGCUACAGCUCCCUGAUGGAUGACGUCUCGAAUGUUUGCCUGCACAGCGAAGAGCGACUCCCUUUCAGCCAGAAUGAAUACAGUGCACAGCACAUAGCCCAGCAGCUCACCCUCCUGCAGCAGGAGAUAUUCCAAGGAUGUCAUCCAGUUCAUUUCCUCAACUCCAGAAUACAAGGAGUCAGGGACAAAGUCUUGACCCCGAAUAAGAAUGUGUCACCACACAUCCCACCAGCAGAGAGCAGCAGUGUGCUGGUACAUGAGGAGACACCAUCAAACACCUACCUUCAGCAGCUGCUCACAUAUGCUGACAGUGUCGCUAACUGGAUCUCUGCUGAAAUAGUCAUUUGCGACUCUGUCAAGACACAAGUUGCUUUGCUGACGAAGUAUCUGUGGAUAGGAAAAUACUGCUACGAAUCACGGAACUUUGCCACGGCCAUGCAGGUCCUCGGAGGCCUGGAGAAUGUGAUUGUCAGGCAAUUACCAGCUUGGAAACAUCUGUCUUCUAAGGUGUGUGAGAUCCUGGAGGAGCUACGAGCUGUGCAGGUUUUUCUGAAGAGUGAUGACCUGUGUCUUAUGGGGGGAGAACACACAAAGAAGAGGCCCACCCUGCCAUCAGCACACAUCCUGGCCAUGCAUGUCCAGCAGCUGGAGAUCGGAGCCUUCACACUCACUACUGGAGCUUACAAGUGGACCAAACUCAGGAGCAUAGCAAAGGUUGUGAGUCAAGUCCAUGCCUUCCAAGAGGCUGUCUACCCCUACACCCCAGACAGGGAACUGCAGGCGUACCUUCGUCUGCGAAUCACCCGGUUUACCACAGCUGAUAUCCAUCGCUUGGCCGGCAACAACGAUGCCAACUUCCAGCAGUCGAGCGAGCAUCAAACGAGGAGGAUCCAGGACAAGCUGAGGAGGGUUAAGGCCACCUUCCAGUGAGACCUGCCUCUGUCACACUUCUGAGCCCAGAGUCAGACACCAGCACCAGGUCAACAUCCCAUGUCAAAGCCCAGACUAUGGCUCCGAGCCCAGACCACAGCCUUCUGUUGUCCUGGCAGCAGAGCCUAGAGGACCAGAAAACUUUUUCUGAUGUUAUAUGUUCCCUAUUUGUCACUCCCUAACAGAAGUCAAUAAUAUUAGUUUAGAUUCCUGGGCAAACUUCAUCCUUAACUUACACCCAUUAUACACAAGUUUUGCUAGUGAUCCCACAUCUGUUUGAUUCUGACAGAGGUAUAUUUUCCUACAUAAUGGCAAAAGUAGGGUGGGUGAUGUCUGUAAUUUGUAAUGAUUCUAUCUUAACUCAUACUGACACUCUUUGUCAUUAUUUGUGCAGUGAGCCUGUGAUUUUCUAGUUAAGGCCUCCAAAUAAUCAUAUCAGGACAAAACAUGGCAGGACUGUAGAAUGCAUGUUCAACAUCAAUACUAGAUUACCUAAAUGGAAGGUAGGUGGACAACUGCUCCGGGUUCUGAGACUCCUGUAGGGCCCUGAAAGCCAAAAGUUCAAAAUGUAGCAAUGUGGUAACACGGUUAAUCGUACCUUUGUAUUGGGUUGGAAUCUCUAAAGCACAGCUUCAACAGAUAUGUGAACGGUCUUAAGGGGGAAUCCUACUUUUUUAGCCCUGCUAGGAUAGGAAAUGACAGUUGGAUUCAGCAUGUUUGCAGUGCCACUGUGAGCAUGUUAGCACGCUGGCACUUACCACAUUCACCACAAUGCACCGCAGUAUUUAAGUGUAGCCUUACUGAACUGCUAGCAUGGCGGUUGUGGAUGUGCUUCAAGAACUGGAUUCUGCAUUCAAACCUGGUGCCAACUGACUUGCAUUGAAGACUGCAGGUGCAUAAGCAAAAAACAUUUCCUAAGUUCCAUGUUUGUGUCCAUGUUGUUAAACUGAGACAAUAUUUUCUGGUAAAUUUGGUUGUGGUCUCAAUUUUCUCUGAAUGUCAUCCUUGCCAAAAGUACUGGAAAAGGACUUCAUCAUCGGUCUGUCGGUCAUAAAACUCUUUUCCAGCUCCAUUAUGAUGAUUGUUGGUUUUUAAAGCUGUUGGUUUUUAAAGCUGUAUGUCCAAAAGACAAGUGUAGUAAAUCAGUUAUCUAAGUUCAAACACUACUCAGCCUACUUCAGUGCAAUUGCAGAUCAAGAUCAUUAACAUGUUCUUGAUCCCCUGCAAUAGUUGAAAUGGGAAAAAAAUCUUUUACAGUGCACAUUUUCAACAUGUUCUGAAAGUCAUUCAUUGUGUUGUUCUACGCACAAUGCAACAGAAAUUGCUGUGCAGGGGAAAGAAAUGUAGCUUAAGGAGAAAUUUAAAUCCAGGCUAUUUUCUCACCUCUGCACAGCUGGCCAGUCACUGUGUGAAGUGGAUAUAGAGGUCAAAGUGUUGGACACACUUCAUUAUUUCAGCUGAUACUGUGCUUGCAGGGGGCAUAUUAUUAAAUGAAAUGAUGUUUAGAGUGCCUCUCCACUCAUUGAUUAAAUCCUAAAAACCCAUCUCUGUGUAUCAGAGUUAAAUAUUUGAGGCUUUUUUACAUGAAAAUAAUCCAUUCAUGCGUGCAGUGGUGCUUCUUAGAGAAUGUGCAGAUUUCUGAAGUUCCCACUCACCUCUGACUGUUCAAAUGCUAUAAAGAUACUUGAUAUGAUACAGAGCACUUUUCAAAAUCCUCCUGUCAAAGUGAUUCACAAGACAGAAAAUUAAUAGACAAGUUUUAAAAGACUGAUAAAAUUUGGUGUAUAAUAAUCAAAACAUUUUUUUUGAAAGGUAAAAAGAUUUAUUCUUUUUUUUUUUUUAAAGGCAGUUCAAAAGAAAUUAAUACUUAAGUAAAAUCAGACAAGGUUCUCUGAUAAAAGUAUGUUUUAGGAAGAGACUUUAAAGAGAUCACUGACUUAAAUGACUUGAUUUCCUCAGGCAAAUCAUUCCAGAGGGGCCUUGACUGCAGUUACUCUGUCCCCUUUAGCUUUUAGACAGACAAAAGACACCUGGCUGAGGAUCUCAAAGUACAUUUAUACUACUGUUCAAAAGUUUGGGUUCACUUAGAAACGUCCUUAUUUUUGAAAGAAAGGCAUGUUUUUCAGUCAAGAUAACAUUUAAUCAGUCUAGACAUUGUUAAUGUGGUAAAUGACUAUUCUAGCUGGAAAUGACUGAUUUUUAAUGGAAUAUCUACAUAGAGGUACAGAGGAACAUUUCCAGCCACCAUCACUCCUGUGUUCUAAUGCUACAUUGUGUUAGCUAAUGGUGUUGAAAGGCUAACUGAUGAUUAGAAAUUCUUGUGCAAUUAUGUUAGCACAUAAAUAAAAGUGUGAGUUUUCAUGGAAAGCAUGAAAGUGUCUGGGUGACCCCAAACUGUUGAACAGUAAUGUAUGUGCAUACAGUACUACGAGGUCAGAGAUGUAGCUCAGAGAAAGACAAUGAAGGGCCUUUAAAGAUAAUCAGUAAUAUUCUAAAAUCUGUCCUGAUGCAUACUGGAAGCCAGUGUAAAGAGCCCAAAGCAGGAAUGAUGAGAGCUCAUCUCCUGGUUCUAUUUAAAAACCUUGCAGCUGAGUUCUGCACAGUCGAUCAAUAGAUUCUUGAUUCAGCGAGGUGAAAAUGAUGUUAAAGUAGUUCAGAUAUGAUGAGCUAAAAACACGCAAAAGGGUCUCUGUAUCUUCAAAAGUUAACAUAGAUCAUAUUUUUAAAAAUUAGACAAGAAAAACCUAAUUGUACAAGCUUUGUGGCAUGCUGCUUAGAUUACUGUCAAACCUGACACAAGGUUUAUUUACAACAAAUUUAAUGUGAUCUAAAAAUGGAAUCGGCUGAUGUCGGAAUCUGUUUUUCCAUGUGCUGUGACCCAGUAACAAGAGUCUCUGUUUUAUCUGAGUCCAGCUACACAAUGACAAGCUGUAAUAUUAGAGUGAAUCAGACAUGCAUGUUUAAACUGGAAACUAACUCUGAGGGAGAAUAAUGGUACAGAAAGAGUCACUCUGCGAGCUGAAAGUUUUGGUUCCUUAUGUUUGUUAUGUUUGAAACUUGGGAAAUCUGAAUCCAUGUUUUUGAGACGGUCGUCAGUAUGCUGCAGUUUCAAGGUGGAAAUGCUCAUCCUUAAUGUUUACUGCUUAUUUUAGUAAUUAUUUGUCUUAUAGCAUUGAAAAAACACAACUUAUAGACAUGAUAGCAUGGUUAAAAAAAGGAAAAACUACUUAUUUUCAGCAGAGGGGUUUUCUUGAUAAUAUCACCACACAGCAAAUCUUAAUAUUUAUCAUUUCAGUGGAGGAAUACUGUGCAUAAUGAUCAGAAGGAUUAAAGAAUGGCAGUAUGGAGUUUAGGAGCCCAAUCGUUAUUUUUACAUAGGAACCUCCUGGCGGGUUAAUUCAUCUUUGUCAAGUCAAUCAAAUAAAAUCUAUUUGAUGUUGCUGAAUUGUGUUUCACUCACAGAAAUGACUUCAUUUACUGAACCAUUUAUAACCAUGUAUAUUUUUGCUUGACAUACAACAACACAUAGCAUCCCUUUGUUUACCAAUCAAGGAGUCGAAAUGGGAAUUAUAUGACCACACUGAUAAAGUAAUAUCUAAUAUAAAUUCUAUUUAAACGGUACAAUGUGUAAUAAUUGCAGUUAUUAUCAACAGGGUGUGAUGAAGGGCAGAGGCAAAGCUUACUGUCUUGACAAAAUCUUGCCAUUACCUUGCCAAUGAUGGAAUAUAAUGAGAUGUCAGCGUGCAAAAUGCUAUUUGAGGCAUGACGUUCAGUCAGCGUCUAUUUUUCUAUUUUCCUGCCUGCUCUCUCUCCUCUGUGGUAUUCUGCCGUGAAACUCGCCGCGGAGAUGGAAUGUGACGUGCAAUGAAGAUUUGCUUAAUUUAGCCAAAUAAAUGAGAUUUUAUAAGCC